UACUUCCGCCCUUACUCGCGGCUAAGCGGCUAGCUAAAAGUGGUUGUGCUUACUCAAUCAUGGGGGCUUUUAGUUUCUGUUUUAUGGCUUAAGUACACUAUCGCUCGUGACCCUCGAUAACUAACGUUGUGCUUGCAGGGUGGUGUGCCUUUUACCCCUUUCCUCUUUAUAAGGUAAAAGGAACACAUCGUCACCAUGGGGCGACGUUCAACCUCCUCCACCAAGAGUGGGAAGUUCAUGAACCCCACAGACCAGGCCAGAAAAGAAGCCAGGAAAAGGGAGUUGAAAAAGAAUAAAAAGCAGAGAAUGAUGGUGAGAGCUGCAGUUCUCAAGAUGAAAGACCCCAGGCAGAUAAUCAGAGACAUGGAGAAAUUGGAUGAGAUGGAGUUCAAUCCAGUCCAGCAGCCCUUGCUGAAUGAGAAGGUGCUGAGGGACAAGAGGAAGAAACUACGAGAGACAUUUGAACGCAUUGUCCGCCUCUAUGAGAGAGAGAAUCCCGAAACCUACAAGGAUCUGCGCAAACUUGAUUUGGAAUACGAGACUAAACGGGGCCAGCUGGCGCUCUACUUCGAUUCAGUCAAGAAUGCGGAAUCUGUCGAGGUUGAUAGUAUUCCUUUACCAGAUAUGCCUCAUGCACCCUCCAAUAUCCACAUCCAGGACAUCCCUCUACCAGGAGCUCAGCCUCCUUCCAUACUGAAGAAAGGAUCCUCUUUUGGGAGAGGACCUAUACCUGGCCCCUAUUUGCCAGCAUUGCCACCUGUCCCACGUUUACCUCCAGGGAAGAAACCUCCUGGACCGCCACCUGGUCCCCCACCACCGCAAGUCUUGGCACUCUAUGGUAUUCCUUCACGACGGCCUUGGGGCACAGAAAUGGAACCUUCGAUUCCUGGUUUGGACAAGAUGGCAACAGAGUUCGGAAGAGACCAGGACAGUGGCAGCGAGAGCGAUAGAGACCGAGACGAACUGGAUGAUGACGACAGCGACUCUGAGGAGGACAGUGAUGAAGAGCGGGAUGAAGAUGGUGACCCAAAGAAGGGAGGUGAAAGAGAUGCGGACAGAGGUGAAAGGCAGGCCGGUCGCAGCGUGCGUUUCGCAGACAUGCCCUCAGACGCAACCGGUGAUGGAAAGAAAAAGAAAAAGAGGUUGGUGAAGAAGACCAAGGCCAUUACACCGCUGCAGGCCAUGAUGUUAAGGAUGGCAGGUCAGUCAAUUCCUGACGAUGAGGAAGAAGAAGAAGUUGAGGAAGAGUACACAGAUGAAUCGGAUGGUUCAGACGUUGAAGACAAGGGGCCACCAGGGGACCAGUCUCAGCUCAUUGCCAGUCAGCGUCUCCCACCCGCAAGUGGGCCAGCUGGACAGCAAGGUCCGCCACCCUUGCAAGGUCCCCCAAUGACUGGGCCUCCACCAAUGGGUCCUCCACCAGCUCCACCAAUGAGGCCUCCAGGUCCACCUUCCGGUCCACCUCCGGGCCCUCCGCCAGGAGCUCCUCCAUUCUUGAGGCCUCCAGUUUUACCUGGCAUGAGGGGUCCAAUACCUCGUCUUCUACCCCCUGGACCUCCACCAGGCCGUCCCCCUGGUCCACCACCUGGUCCCCCUCCUGGCCUUCCACCAGGCCCCCCACCACGUGGACCCCCUCCCAGACUCCCGCCCCCAGGACCCCCUGGUAUCCCUCCACCACCCCCAAGAGCAGGAGGGCCCGCCCGUCCCAUGGCGCCUCCUCAUGCCCUCUUUCCUCCACCUCUCAGCGCCAACGUGCUUAGUGCUCCUCCCAGCAUUGUCCAGCGUCAAAAAGGCCCGGGAUCCGGCCAAGAUGGUUCCCAGAGCAGCAUGCCGCCUCCUUCCAUGUCCAUGCGCUCCAGUGUCAUGCAGAUACCCCCUCCACCAGGGACUGCUGCUGCCAGUCACCUCCACGCAGCCACCAUUGAGAAAAGAGCCAACAUCACUUCAGUCUCUGGUGCGGCCGGUGCAGGGGCCACCAUCUCUGCCAAACCACAAAUUAUCAAUCCAAAAGCAGAGGUCACAAGGUUCGUGCCCACCGCACUGAGAGUGCGAAGGGACAAGAGCGGUGCAAUGCCGGGGCCAGCAGUUGGUCCACUGGAGAAAGGUGGUGCCGGAGGAAGGAGGGGAGAUGAAGGCAUGGGAAGUGGCCACGGGUUGAAACAGCACUCAGCCGCUGCUGCUAUGGGCAUGUCUCACCCAGCUCAGAUUGGUGCUGUGCCACAGCCCAGUAUGAAGACCAAGGACCAGGUGUAUGAAGCCUUUAUGAGGGAGAUGGAGGGGCUCCUCUGAGAUUCACCUGUUUCGUCAUUGGGCCGAACUGAAACAAUGUGUUUGUCAGUUUUGGUAUUAGUAUUCUCUAUGCCUUCCUCUAUCCAUAUGUCUUUAGGACACCAGAAAAGCUAAAAUUGUUUCAACAAUUCAUUUUCAUUUAAUCUGGAAUAUAUACUAUAGUAAAACACAUUUAAUUGGUCAAUUAUGUAAAUUGUGUGAUAUGUUGGUUGUUUGAGUUUUGUCUCAAUACUUCCCCCCCAUUUUACUGAGUACUGUUUGUCUUAUAAAAAUGAAAAAAAACUGUCAUUUUGUAUUUUUUUUUAGCUUUCCGCCUCUUGUUUGACUUGUUUAUUUAAAUGACGAACCAAGAUGUCCGUUUGAUCUGCAGCAUAAUAAAACAUGU